AUGUGCCUGAGCGAUGCCGGAAACGGCCUAAGAAAUACCGAUUUUGUCAGCAGCUGGUCGAGCGGUUUCUAUGCUGGUGCGAGCUGGAACAAGUCGCUCGCAUACCAGCGAGGGACCGGCAUGGGCAGCGAGUUCAACAAGAAAGGAGUGAAUGUGCUCCUUGGGCCGGUUGCUGGGCCUAUGGGCUGCGUGGUACUAAGUGGCCGCAACUGGGAAUGUUUGUCGUUUACUGAUUCUCUCCGCGCCGGUACAGGUGACAUCAUGUGUUCAUAUAACCGGCUGAACAACUCAUAUAGCUGCGCAAACAGCAAGUCCCUCAACGGUCUGCUCAAGACGGAACUACGUGAGGUUUUGAGGGUUUUGUGGUCUCUCACUGGAGUGCCCAGCACGCCGGUGUUGCCACGGCUUUGGCGGGACUAGACAUGGUCAUGCCGGAAGGGGAUGAGUUCUGGG